GGCUUCACGUGCUGUUCCCUGUAUAAGCCCGCUGACCUUGGCACAAGAACUUCCUUGAGAGUGGUAGGGUUGUGUUAGUGGCACGGGUUAGGGUGCUGAGGGGAAAGCCAGAGUAGUCAUGCAGGACCCUAAUGAGGGCCUAUAUGGGAGAGCAGGGGCUGAAGAAGGCGAGGAUGGGCAGCAGAGUCCUCAAGCUCCCGAAGCCCAGCCUAGCUCUCAAAGUUUGGCAACCGAAGGUGACUAUGGCACCUUCCCUCAGAGUGGCCCACAAGAUUCCAGUAGCCCAGCUGCUCCUGGUAGCCAGGCUGCUCCAGGCAGUCCCAGCCCAGGGAGCCCUGUGGGGUCAGGUGCAGCUGCUGAAGAGGCAGCUGUCAUUCCCCACAAUGAGCACCCACCACUUCCCCCAGGACCCAGCGGAGAUACUGCAUCAACAACAGGAAAUCGACUCCUGGAGUUCUCUGUAAUAAUGCCUUUCAGGUCUGCAGUGGAGGCAGACAUGGCCCGCAGGUCCCUGGUCUCCACUGCCCGUCGCCAGCAAGUGAUGGUUCAGCAGGAGUUCACAGUGAAUGCCACUGCCUUGUCCGUUAGGUGGACUACUGAAGACCCUGUCCUCUUCAGAAUUUCCAUCAACACUUUCCUUGACCAGCUCUCCCUGGUGAUGAGAAACAUUCAGCGCCUGGAGUUUGUGGCUGUUGUCAAACGAGGACGAGGAAGAAGUCGUGAAUCCUAACAUAUUACCAGAUAAAAGAAAAGUCAUGGGGGUUUCAUGUUUUGAGUAAUUGUUAUUUUGCCCCUAAAAGUUCAGUGUUUCAAUACUGUGUGACACGUAUUAGUUGCACGGUUGGAUUUUUUUCCCGGUUGCUUAAGGAAAGGCAAUUUAAAUGUUACUGGACAAAAUAGAAUUUAGCAAAUAUUUUUCAUCUGACUUUACUUUUGACUAUGACAGAAACUGCCAGGUUUUCUCAUCUGUGUGCUUCUGUGGAGGAGAAGUUCUGGAAUUUAAAUGCUUGAGUAGUACAAAGAAAUUUAAGGAAAGUUAGGAGAUGGAAGGAAACAUAAAUUACUUAAAUAUAUUCUUUGAGUAUUUAAUUGGUCUGGUUUUUUUUAGCAUGCAAUGUAGCUUAUUUCCUUGUGGCGUUUUCAUACAUACCUAAUUUUUUUAUUGGUCUUUUCCCUUCUCUCCCUUUUUUUCACAGCUAUCCCCACUUUAACCCUAUCAUCUCCUGUACCCUUCCUUUCUUUUCAUAUCACAUGUAUUCUGACACCCUUCUCUGUUCUCUUCCAUAAAGCUUUUUUUCACCUCUGAUCUCUAGUGUGCACUCUAGGGUUGCACUAAUGGAGACACUAUAAUAACAGUAGUUAUAUGCCUACUUUUGUUUCUGCUGGCAGUAAUUUUGACUUUUUCCCUACUGAAGUUAAAUGUGUCUCAGUUAUUCUUUGAGAGCAUACUUAUAUUUCUGAGACAAUAUGCUUUGGCUCAUUUUGUGCUUUCUCUACCCUAACCAUGGAGCCUAUCAAUUCUCUAAUAAACUCCUUUCUCUUAGAAUGUUACAAAACAUCAUCUUCCACAGCACAGAGCCCCUCAUUGGUAUCUUCAGCUGUGAAAUCUCCCCAUUAAUGCACUGAUUCCCAGAUAGUGUAAUUACCUUUCACUCUAGCUCAGAUAUAAAUUCCUUACAAUCUCUGUGAUUCUACAUAGCUACAAUGGCCCCCACAGUGUUCAGCAAUCCUCUAGAGCAGCCAUUCUCAACUUCCCUAAUUCUACAACACUUUCAUACAGUUCAAGUUGUGAUGACCCCAACCAUAAAAUUAUUUUCGUUGCUACUUAACUGUAAUUUUACUACUUUCAUAAAUUUUAGUGUAAAUAUCAGUUAUGCAGUAUAUCUGAUACAUGACCCAUGUGAAAGGGUCAUGCAGCUCCAGACCCACAAAGCUGUCUCAACUCACAACCGAGAACCUCUGCUCUAGACAAUGGUGAUGGAACUCAGCCCAUUGUGACAUUGUAACCCAUCCUGAACUCUUCUUUCAAUCACACAAAUAUUUAGAGCAAGUUUUCUUACCUUUUUCCACAUUUGGAUCCCUUUCCAUACAUAUAUUUACUAUGGAAUAAAUCUUUAGAAUCCAUCAGGCCAGCAAGACACUGUCAUUCUCACUGAGUAUGCCUUUCUCUCAUAGAUCUGUGAAUCCUCAAAAUCUUUCUCAGGCAGGACAGUGCUGUGCUCAGCAAGGAACCAAUCUUCGUACCAGUCCAACUCUUUUCCCAAUGUCCCUGCUCUCCCCUGAGGCUCACAAACAUAAUGGCUUUGGGAAGCAGAGCACAAGGGAUAGAGGUAGGAGAGACUGGCAGGAAAGUCUGCAGAGUUGCUAUUUUACUAAUGAUCCCAUAUUCAUAUCCCAUGAUGACUUCAGGUGGCAGUUGUCUUCCUUGCAAAUGUCCAAGAUCUUUGAUAGUUUUCUAUGUGUCUUAUGUCAUAUUAGUGUAUGUGCACAUGGGUGGAGGUUCUGCACAGAAUCAAAGGUCGGAGGAAGAUGCCAGGUGUCCUGAUCUAUCAUCUACUCCUUAUUCUGUUGAGACAGAGUCUCUUAUUGAAACUGGAGAUAGAUUGGCAGUCAGCAAACCCCAACUAAUCACAUCUCAGCCUUCCAUAGUGCUGGGGUUCAAGACAAAUGUAGCCAUACUAAGCUUUCCCCAUGGGUGAUAAGGAUCCAAACUCAGAUCUACACACUUAUGUAGCAAGUAUUCUUACCCACUGAGCCAUCUCCCCAGCCUCUUAUUUGCUUUUAUAAGGUGUCUCAGAUUUGGUCCAAUGAGAUGACUUGGCAGGUAAAGGUGCUUGCCGUGCAAGCCUAACACACACACACACACACACACACACAAAUUUUUAAAAAUGCCUCUGGUUUGGGUUGACAAGACAGCUCAGUAGGUAAAGGCACUUGUCUCCAACACCGAUGACCUGAAUUCAAUCCCUAACAAGUACAUGAUGAAAGAGAACAAACUCCACACACAUUGUAUUCUGACGUCCACACACAUGCCAUGUUAUGCCUAUGUGCACACAUAAAAGGUCAUUUUUUAAAGUCUCAAGUUUACCUUGAGUAGAUCCUGUCUCAUGACUGAAAUAAGUCAUUUCUCUCCAAGAAGCCCUGAUUUCUUUCAGUGGGAACAUUUCCAAAAAAAAAUCUGUUUUUGU